AUGAAGUCGACUCGCACUACCGCAAAGGUGCGCCCUGCGUGUCUUCCGUAUAGCACCACGAUGCGCAGCAGCCGCCAGACAAGCUCGCUGCUGUCACGAGUCGCCCACAGCGUUGGUGCAGUAGUGGCAAAGGCGAAUCUUCUGCGACAGUCGCCGUCACGCGAGGCGCACCGUCCAUCAGGACCUGCUGAGGGUCUACGGCCAUCAUCCUCAUCAGCCAAACCGCCGGUGCUUGCGUCGGGCGACAUCCUGCGCGACCUCGCCUUCUUCACGCAGGCGUCGGAGGUGGGCUUCUUUUCUACCCACCCCUCCCUUUGUGCGCAGGUGUUUGGUGUUGUCCCGGGGGACGUCUUCGAGGUUGGCGGCGGCUGUGCCGUCACAUCUAGCAGCGUUGUUGACGUAGAUGCCGGCAGCCGCAUGGCGAGGGAGGCGAUCGUUGUGGUGGGCGCGCGCAGCGGCAAGCUGUGGGUGUGGGCAUACGGCGAUGAGGCGGCUCGAGUACUGCGUGUCCCUUCGAGCACCACUUCUGCCAUGUUAUCGAGUGCGGUAGAAGUACGAGCCGCCAUUGUGGAGCACUACCAGCUGCGCCAACUCGUCCACCCGUCGCGUCGACAAUGCAGCGCUGGCGGUGGGAAGGCAAUGGAACAGGAUGCCCAAGUAGAGUUCGCUCGGACCGUGUGUGAGGCCUUUCAGAGUCUCUGCGCCCGCGCGCACGAGGAGGUGCAGCGGCUGUACACGCCAGAUCAGCUGGCAUUCCUGCAGCGUGCUCCCGACUUGUACGCGGCCGCUACGAAGCGUGUUGAUAGAGUGGCUAGCUCCUUGGAUGACGCAUCACCCACGGCAGGAGUAAACUCAGAGCCGCAGCGUCAGCAGCCGAAUCACCCUCCAGAUGGGUCAUCUUCGUUUCUCCCGCGUUCCAUCUACUCAGACAUCGCCCGCCACGCACAGCACGCCGCCGCGGUGGUUUUGCUUGCACCGCGCGUAUCGCUGGUGACCGGGGCUGUCGGUUGGGUGGGCGAAGGGGACGUGGUGCUGGCCGACUCGCUCGUCAGCCAAGGGGGUUGUGCUGAGGCGUCUCUGUCCGCCUCGGUGGUGAUCUGA